AUGGAUUACUCUUUCUAUGAUCCCCGAUCACAACCCUCGGGCUUCUCGCUCUACGGGCUGCCUACCCCCGACCAACCCCAUGCCCAACCAGACACAUUCGCCCCUUUGAAUAACUACCAGAACUUCCCACCUGGCUUUGACCCUUCAUUCCCCGUCGACCCCUCCUUUGUUCCGCCACCGCAUUCACCGCCAGAAUCAGUCAAGCACUCUGCUUCUAGCGAUGUUACCAAUAGUCAGCAUACACGCCCCACCUCAUACGACGGCGAUGAAACUCAAUUCGCCGACCCAACCUUAGGAAGAAGUAGCAGCGAGGAAAAGGAAUCAGCGCCCGCGCAAAGCAAGCGCAAGGCGCAAAACCGAGCAGCGUACAGCCCUAUAAAGCAAGCGCUGACAAAUCCCACUCGUCACACAGUCAACGAGCAUUUCGAGAGAAAGGAACAGCACGUCCGCGAUCUCGAAGACAAAGUAAACAGCCUCGAAGAUGCAUCCAACACCUUACAAGCCGACAACGAGCGCCUGAAGCGCGAGCUAGCCCGGUUCACAACCGAGAAUGAAAUCCUGCGCGCGACAUCACAACACGCCAACUACGGACAUGUCAGCGCAAACCAGACCCCCGAGCCAACUGUCACGGGGCCGAUGAAGUUCUGCCCCACAGACUUUCAUGCCACCUUCAUGGCCGACGGCCCCGGCACGCCUCAGAGCGCACACCACCGUCUUACCGUGUGUCCGAUCACUGGCGAGAAACUGCUGGAUCCGGGUGCGGUGUGGGACCUUAUUCAGAAACAUGAGUUGUUUCAGCGCGGCCAGCUUGAUAUCGGUGAUGUCACGGAGCGUUUGAAGGGUAUGUCGCAGUGUGAUGGACAGGGUCCUGCUUUUAAGGAGAGUCAGGUUCUUAAGGCUAUUGAGGAGAGUGCGGCCGCUGGUCGUGAUGAGUUGAUCUGA